AUGGCGGCUGUGGAACACUCCAGAAUACGAAGCGUUGUUCAGGUACGUAAGCUUCUUUAAGCCUUGUGUAGAGGUCGAAAAUGGGAGAUGAUGUAGUUUGAGUUGUUCGCUUAAAUCUUGAAAGAUUUCAGAAAUCUCUUUUCCGUUGUCUGACGACAAUAGUUCCUUUCCCUUUUUAUAUAUCUUCGAGAUAUAAUUCAGAUUUGUUGAUCACCUUUUUAAGACUUUUUCAAUUGUGAUUGUAAGCUUAUGAGUCUAUACAGCUUAUAAAUAUGGUUACUUAGCUAGCUUUUGUAAAUUUGUCUUUAGCUUGCAUGGUCCAAAGAGAAUCAGUAAGGCUUUAACGUAUUUCGUGUUGUCUUUUUAAGUCUGUUAGACAUUCGAAUUCGCCCGUUGGUGGAACUGCUCAGAGGUCUAGAUCUAGAUCAAGAUCAAGAUCACCACAGGAGAGAUAGUAAGAUUUAAUAACCUGAUAACUAAGCAUGCUUAAUUAUCGUAAGCUUAAAUUAGUAUAGAGAAUAGCAUGAUUUGUAGUGAUAUUUGGUAUAAAUACCACAAGUGAUAUUUCAAAACUGUUAUGCGUAAUUCGGCGAGUGAAAUUUGAGACAAUUUUGAAAUAUCAUGAGUGGUAUUUAUGCCAAAUAUCAUGUACAAAUCAUGCUAUUAUUUGUUUAUACUACUACCCACAAAAGGUUUGUAAUUUUCACACAUAGGUAUUUCAAAUUAAGCUGAAAUACCACUGCUCUAAGCCAAUCAAAUUGCGGUAAUUUCUCAUGUAGUAGUAUAACUUUUGAAAUCACUUAACUGUUAGGACCUCGAAAGAAAUGGUCAUUUGCAUUGCGUUUUUAAAUAGCUUGCGUGACCGUUUCAGGCCAACUGUUUGGUCAUGUGACAUGUAUUCCCUAAUCAGAGAAAGGUUAUAACCAAGUUUCAAUUAGGUCUGAUUUCUGUUGCUCUAUUGGAUCCAGUCUUGUUCCUCACUGAAAAGAGACAGCAGGAAGCCGGAGUGGCCAAUAGUUUCUGUAAUAGAAAUAAAAAAUUUAAUUUAUGCAUCAUUACCAAAUGCUAGAAAUAGAAAAUGUCAGCUGACACCAAACACAUGUUGUGUUUUGCCACAUUUUUGCUUUGGUCUUUGCCAUUGAGCUCAACAGCAACACAUACAGAUUAAAGGUAUUUCCAUUGAUCUUUGUGACUUACAUUAGCAAAGUUAGGGAUGAGAUAUUUACAACAGCAAUGUAUGGGCUUGAAAUUCGUCACAAUGGCUGUCCAGAAACUUCGGUGCAGACUGGAAAAUAAAUUAUUGAUAAUCCAUAUCUGGUUAGUUGAAUGGCAGAAAUAUCCUCACCAUUUUCCAAGUUCUCCAAUGUUUUUCUUUAUAAAUAUUUCAGGUUUUUAACCUUAAAACACUUCCAAUCACAAUCACACACUCCUCAUCUAACAAUACCUUUCCAUCUACCACUUGAAAUCUGCUUCAAAGAAAUUAAUUCAUGUGGCGUUCUUGAUUUUGAGGAGGCAAUGAUCUGAUUGGUGGAAAUCGACAAAAGUAACCCAUGCAUUUACUUUGGAAAUAAAGAUUCCUUUAUUAACAUUAAUUUUUCAGUUCAAGAGAACGUCGUGAUAAGAGAAGAAAUAACGAAGACAAGUCUGGAAGUGACUAUGAUAGGUAUGUGUAGAAUUAAGUAGUUUAUGUAAGUUAAGUCAUAGUUAACCCUUUGUCAAUAAUCUUAAUUCUAAUAAAAUUUUUCUCCUCAAUAUGUCCUCUAUGGACGUAGAAGUGAUGUGCUUGCCACUGACAAAUCACGAUAUUUUGCUCAUCCUUGUCCAAUAAUCGUUGUCCUUUGUGCUUCUUGUUGUUUUGCCACUGUAGCAGGAGACGAAGGAGAGAAGAUAAGGAAAACAGAAAUAAAAGUGAUGACGAUAAGGAAGAGGACAGAAGACACCCAAGAAGGACACAACAAAGUGAUAGUGAGGAUGAGAGAAAUUCUGAUAGGAGAAAAGAUCGACACAGAGACCGAGAGAGACACAGAAGAAGAAGAUACAGGAGUGAUGAUGAUGAUGAUGAUGAUAGAGAAAGGGAGAGAAGAAGAAGAAGAGAACAUGAUGAUCAUUCUGAAAGAAGGCGGCGUUUUACUCCCUCGGAUGAAGAGAGGGAUCAUAGGAAAAAUAAACGUAGUCCUGUAGAGGAUCAGGAGCGAGGUGAUGCACAUGAUAGGAGCAGAACAAGGGGUGAAGAAGAUCAGAAAGCCGGAGAAAAAGAAGAUAAGACAGAGCAGGGUGUAGAGACUGCUAAAAAGAAGGUGGACCCAAACAAUCCACUUCUGACAAGAACAGGUAGAGAUUCCUGUGGUUAUUUUAUCUCUGUAUUGGCUGAUUAAUAAUGGUACAAAAUUGUAAGAGGACUGAGUCUGUAAUCAUAUGAGUGAUUAACAAAAUCGGACAACGGCGUAGCGGGAGUCCAAUUUGUUUAAUCCCAAGUAUAGACUGAAUUGGAUGACACAAAGUUCUGUUACCAACUGAUCAUAACUAUAACAAAAUAUUUGUGAUAUUUUAGGCUUUUUCAAACUUUAAACCCGAGAAAUUCCUAGAGUUGUUUUGCUAGCAGUGAAAAAAACCACUUAAGUGGGCAUGUGCUAUGGCACGCACUGUCCUAUUACACUGUGUUAGUGCUGAAAUCAGGGCAGUUGAUAGCCAGUCAGCAAUAUUGUUUUAAAGUAAGUCUGUGCUGGUUUAAAACCCAACCAAACUAGUGUUAUUAAGAGAGGGUGACACUAUUUUUUAAGUGUCCUUCCUGUUACUUUCUCAGGUGUUCAUGUACAUGAACUGUACACUUCUUAAACUCAACCUUAGGUUGAAGAAUAAUAUUAUUGAUAGCUUCACUUUCCCAUGAAAGUGUUUUCUUUGUCCAAAAACUGUUGAAUGUUUUCAGCCAUAUCAUAAGUUUGACUCUUGAAUCUUUUUGCUUGGUAUAUUUUGUGAUCUUUAUUGUGCUAUUAAUCUUUCAGGAGGUGCAUAUAUUCCCCCAGCAAGACUCAAAAUGAUGCAACAGAGUAUUGAGGACAAGAGUAGGUGAGUAUUUAGGAGGUAAUAUUAUAUUGAAAUGGUUAAGACAGAAUCUAUUAGGAAAUUUUAAUUUUUAGUGGAUGCAAGAAUUGUGAAAGCACAGGUAAAAUUCUGAAGAUUUCAUGUGUAGGAUGUGAUUUUGUGAAAUUUGACAUCUAUUUUCUCGGGCUCUGAUGAUUUAAUUUUCUUUGGUGUAGUUACAUUAUUACAUCUGUAGCCCUAAAAAAUGGGGUAUUGUUUAAAUUAUUCUGGUGCAAGGUUUUGUCCACUGAAAUUUAAAAUUACUCCAUUUCCUUAUGGAUUUCGUCUUAAAUUGUUAACCUAGCACCUUUAAUUGGGUGACCAUGAUCAUCAUCAUACAGUUCAGGUUUUCUGCAGUUAUUGGAACAUAGGACACCAUUUAAUGUUCUCGUUUUGGGCUUGCUUUUCCCAAAUUCCUACCAAAAUUUGAUAUCAUUAAAGCAUAGUUUGGCUGAGUCGUUCCUCAGCCCUGCAAAAUGUUUGAAUUUCUUGGCUGGGUUGUUAGCCAACAUAGUUUUAUGAGGGUGGGUGGAUGUUUGCUCCCUAGCUCAACAGGCAACCUGGAGGGUCAAAGGCAGUUGUUUGUCUGGUCUUUAUCCCUCAACCAUUAUUCCCGGUGCUUUUCAAUUCAAGGGUUUGGCCUGCCAAUUUGGUUUUGGUAAUUUUUAAACAAAACCUCUCAUAUGUGACGAGUUCUUUGGCACUCAAUCACUUAAUUAUGUCUGGUGUCCAUUUUAUAAACUUAGGUCACCAAAAUUGGUUCUUUGCUAAAAGUUGAGCUUGCUGUACUGGUUUUACCAACAGAAAAAAUGUAUUAAAAGGACCAUUUAGCGCUUUACCGGCCCUCUUGUCCAUAUUUUAAUACAGGGUGUCAUUUAAAUCUAGGUUAACCUAAUACAGGUUUCACUGACAACUAGCCGAUACACUGUAUGUCUGCAUGUACACUAAUAAUAACUGUUUUUCAAAAAGUUAAUUGUGACAUACCCGUACAUGUAUUUAGUGUUCAUCAAUUUUUUUUCAGUGAAGCUUAUCAGAGACUCAGUUGGGAAGCAUUAAAGAAAAGCAUCAAUGGUCUUGUUAACAAGGUUAGUGCUAAACUGUAUUUUUAAACAGUAAGAUAAGAUAAAGGUACACAUGAGCCAAGAGGCUCUGUCCAUAUCUCUGGAACUUUUCCUGGUUUACAAGUGUAGUGUGGAACUUGCUUUUCCCCAGUUGCCUCUUGUACUCCAUCAUCAGUAUGCAGUUUUGUCUUAAUAAUUAGAUUUACUCAGGGCUUCAAUUUCAUUAAGAGCCGGGGACCAGGGUUUUCCUAACUACAGUACGUGGUUCCUGGCUACUUUCAGACGAAAAAAGAAGAAAAAUAGAACCAAAAGAAAUCCCUAGCUGUUUGAUUCCCCGCCUACUUGUUGUAUUUAACAGGCAACUUGAAAUCUUAGUGACAGCUCUGUUUACUCAAGUAUUAUGAUUCCUAGUUUUGAUGAUUAUUUGAUAGACUCAACUGGUUCUGAAUUUUUUUAUUGUUAUUGUAGGUUAACACAUCAAAUAUUGGUAACAUUGUAAGAGAGCUUUUCCAGGAGAACAUUGUACGAGGAAGGUAGGGAUUGAGCAUAAAAUAAUAAAAUGAUUGAUAAUUAAUAAAAUAAUAUUAUUUUCCAGCAAGUUAUUAAGUUCUCUGUUACAUCCAUGCAAGUGAUUCAAUAUUCAGUCACAAAAUGGAUGCUCAAACCACACAUGAUAUUACAAUGAAUAUUGGGUAUUUAAUUUAAAUUAAAAUGGUAACUGCGGGAUGAUUUUUUAGAGCUUGACUGACAAGUAGUUAUAUAAUGUCUUUUUUGGAAUGUUAAUGACUGCACAAAUCAUGCCAGCAUUUACUCUAAUCUACAAGGGAUUUUGUUCUUGGUUUUGUUGCAGAGGUGUGCUUUGUCAGUCAAUCAUGCGAGCUCAAGCAGCUUCUCCAACAUUCACUCAUGUUUAUGCCGCACUUGUUGCCAUCCUCAACACAAAGGUUUGUCUGUGCUAAAAAAAAAUUAGUAGUAAGUCUUUGUUGUACAUUCAAAAAUAGUAAAUGAGUCCACAUUUAACUCUGCCAAUUUUUUUUUUGAACAGUUUCCAAAAAAUGGAGAACUUCUUCUUCGACGUCUGAUUCUGCUGUUUCGACGAGCGUACAGAAGAAAUGAUAAGGUGCUCUUAUGUUCUUUUCUCUAUUUACAACAUACAAACUGUACAACUUUACAUGUAAACUUGUCUUGAAUGUGAUUUCAUGUAACUGUUGAAGUUUCAAGUUCAAAGAGGAAAAGUUCAUACAAUGUAUAAGAUGGCAUGCAUUGUGACUAGGAAAAUAUUGUAGAAUGUUCCGAUGGAACACUUCUGUUCUGCUUAGAAGCUGUCGAAGAAUACAGAGGAAGCACUAACCAAAACAAACAAUCAAACAAAAAAUAAAUGUUUCUUGUAAACCCACUGUUAUGGCUUGUGUUUCUACGACACUUUGACAAUGUUAUGAUCCAUAAUUACUUGUACGGUACAUGCAGUGUAACAGUUGCUUAAAAACCAAGAUAGCUAGAUUAGAUUAUUGUUAUGCAGCACUUCAACCUGUCUCGUUAUCUCUUAUCAUGCUUUUAUUUGUGCCCUGCAUGUAGGCUGUUUGUUUAUCUUCCACAAGGUUCAUUGCUCAUCUUGUCAAUCAGCAAGUGGUGAGUACUCGUCUGGGUGUUUCUUUUUAUUACGAUUAUUAUUAAUUUAUUUAUUUUAUAUUUUCAUAAAUUUAUUUUUUUUACUAUAUAUUUUUAACGUUUUCAGAAAUAUUACAGUGUAUUUUAAAUGUAGCUGGCUUUAGUUUUCCCAUAGUUGUCAGUUGUCAGUGUAUGUUCUACACUACAGUAUCUAUUCGUUGCUGAUUUUGCUUUUGUUUUUUACCAAAGAAUCCAAUUAAUAGCAGAUCAUUAUAAGUUUCUGGGAACUGCCCACCUACCCCUCCCCUAAACUAACAUUUUGCCCUAAGUGAGAAGUAAGUGUUAAUGUUGGCUUAGGGGAGGGGUAGGUGGGCAGUUUCCCAGAAACAUAUAACAAUCCACUAGCCUACAUGUGUCAGAGUUACUGGUCAGAGGCAGUGAUUUUUUGAUUGCUUCCAGUUAUUUUUUUUAGAAAAAUGGCUCCUCCAACUUCAUCAGCUUAGCCUUCAAAUCAGGCAUUAUUCUUACCUAUUAAAUAAAUACAUUUUUUUUGCAGGCACAUGAGAUCUUAGCCCUGGAGAUUCUGACCUUGCUUCUCCACAAACCCACAGAUGACAGUGUGGAGGUUGCGGUGAGUUCUACGGUGUAUCCAUUGGAAUACUAAGUUUUUGAGCCACAGAUUUGUCAAAUGUACAUGUAUAAUUUUUUUAAAACUAAAACUUACUUUGUAAGCCAAAUGCCAUCAAAUUUACCCUGAUUUUUGUAACCCUCAGUUUUUUCCAUUAGAUUGAAGAGCAGGUUGUUCAUUAGGCAUCGGACAUUGGAGAAUUCUCCUUUUACUGUGAAAAAUUAUUCAGCUGAUGCUUCGGUAUCCUGUGGCUAUUUUUUAUUCAGACGAGGAGCCUCUUUCAAAGAUUCUUGUGUAAUGUUACACCUUUCUCCUGCUACUAGAAUUCUAGAUGAAAACCCUAGUAAUAGUGUUAUUAGGAUUUUAGUUAAACAACAUAGAUUUUAUUAUCUAUUAAAAGGCCAGCAGUCUCUUGGACUACAGAAGGUUGAAAUUUAUCAUUUUAAGCUAAAAAUGUUAUAUUUAAUUUUAUAGAUUGGAUUCUUAAAAGAAGUUGGUAUGAAGCUGACAGAAGUCUCAUCCCGCGGUGUUCAUGGUAUGUUCACUAAAAUAAUAUUACUACAAUGUCAAUAUUAUCAGUGCAUUCUGAGUAAUCAAAUAAAAAAUAGCAUGUUCAAUUACUCUGUCUGCAACAUGAUAAAAUAACUGAUAACUGAUUAAUCAUUGUGGUAUAAUGCAUGAACUCAGAAGAAGAAUGAUAUGUUUUUGACCCUCUAACUUAAUUUUAGGGGAAUCAAACAGGGUUAAAAAAGGCUCUCUCUUAAUUAACAAUCAGUUUCUUAAUUCUCUGAAUCACAUCUGCUUUUGUGUCAUCUGUAGUUACACUGUAGAAUUUGCAGUUAACUUACUCAGCAUUCAUGGUUAGACCAUGAAGGUGUUGCUGUUGAUUUAAUCGUGUGUUAUUGCUUUCUAUAUAGCUGUAUUUGGUAAUUUUUAAACAAAACCUCUCAUAUGUGACGAGUUCUUUGGCACUCAAUCACUUAAUUAUGUCUGGUGUCCAUUUUAUAAACUUAGGUCACCAAAAUUGGUUCUUUGCUAAAAGUUGAGCUUGCUGUACUGGUUUUACCAACAGAAAAAAUGUAUUAAAAGGACCAUUUAGCGCUUUACCGGCCCUCUUGUCCAUAUUUUAAUACAGGGUGUCAUUUAAAUCUAGGUUAACCUAAUACAGGUUUCACUGACAACUAGCCGAUACACUGUAUGUCUGCAUGUACACUAAUAAUAACUGUUUUUCAAAAAGUUAAUUGUGACAUACCCGUACAUGUAUUUAGUGUUCAUCAAUUUUUUUUCAGUGAAGCUUAUCAGAGACUCAGUUGGGAAGCAUUAAAGAAAAGCAUCAAUGGUCUUGUUAACAAGGUUAGUGCUAAACUGUAUUUUUAAACAGUAAGAUAAGAUAAAGGUACACAUGAGCCAAGAGGCUCUGUCCAUAUCUCUGGAACUUUUCCUGGUUUACAAGUGUAGUGUGGAACUUGCUUUUCCCCAGUUGCCUCUUGUACUCCAUCAUCAGUAUGCAGUUUUGUCUUAAUAAUUAGAUUUACUCAGGGCUUCAAUUUCAUUAAGAGCCGGGGACCAGGGUUUUCCUAACUACAGUACGUGGUUCCUGGCUACUUUCAGACGAAAAAAGAAGAAAAAUAGAACCAAAAGAAAUCCCUAGCUGUUUGAUUCCCCGCCUACUUGUUGUAUUUAACAGGCAACUUGAAAUCUUAGUGACAGCUCUGUUUACUCAAGUAUUAUGAUUCCUAGUUUUGAUGAUUAUUUGAUAGACUCAACUGGUUCUGAAUUUUUUUAUUGUUAUUGUAGGUUAACACAUCAAAUAUUGGUAACAUUGUAAGAGAGCUUUUCCAGGAGAACAUUGUACGAGGAAGGUAGGGAUUGAGCAUAAAAUAAUAAAAUGAUUGAUAAUUAAUAAAAUAAUAUUAUUUUCCAGCAAAUUAUUAAGUUCUCUGUUACAUCCAUGCAAGUGAUUCAAUAUUCAGUCACAAAAUGAAUGCUCAAACCACACAUGAUAUUACAAUGAAUAUUGGGUAUUUAAAUUAAAUUAAAAUGGUAACUGCGGGAUGAUUUUUUAGAGCUUGACUGACAAGUAGUUAUAUAAUGUCUUUUUUGGAAUGUUAAUGACUGCACAAAUCAUGCCAGCAUUUACUCUAAUCUACAAGGGAUUUUGUUCUUGGUUUUGUUGCAGAGGUGUGCUUUGUCAGUCAAUCAUGCGAGCUCAAGCAGCUUCUCCAACAUUCACUCAUGUUUAUGCCGCACUUGUUGCCAUCCUCAACACAAAGGUUUGUCUGUGCUAAAAAAAAAUUAGUAGUAAGUCUUUGUUGUACAUUCAAAAAUAGUAAAUGAGUCCACAUUUAACUCUGCCAAUUUUUUUUUUGAACAGUUUCCAAAAAAUGGAGAACUUCUUCUUCGACGUCUGAUUCUGCUGUUUCGACGAGCGUACAGAAGAAAUGAUAAGGUGCUCUUAUGUUCUUUUCUCUAUUUACAACAUACAAACUGUACAACUUUACAUGUAAACUUGUCUUGAAUGUGAUUUCAUGUAACUGUUGAAGUUUCAAGUUCAAAGAGGAAAAGUUCAUACAAUGUAUAAGAUGGCAUGCAUUGUGACUAGGAAAAUAUUGUAGAAUGUUCCGAUGGAACACUUCUGUUCUGCUUAGAAGCUGUCGAAGAAUACAGAGGAAGCACUAACCAAAACAAACAAUCAAACAAAAAAUAAAUGUUUCUUGUAAACCCACUGUUAUGGCUUGUGUUUCUACGACACUUUGACAAUGUUAUGAUCCAUAAUUACUUGUACGGUACAUGCAGUGUAACAGUUGCUUAAAAACCAAGAUAGCUAGAUUAGAUUAUUGUUAUGCAGCACUUCAACCUGUCUCGUUAUCUCUUAUCAUGCUUUUAUUUGUGCCCUGCAUGUAGGCUGUUUGUUUAUCUUCCACAAGGUUCAUUGCUCAUCUUGUCAAUCAGCAAGUGGUGAGUACUCGUCUGGGUGUUUCUUUUUAUUACGAUUAUUAUUAAUUUAUUUAUUUUAUAUUUUCAUAAAUUUAUUUUUUUUACUAUAUAUUUUUAACGUUUUCAGAAAUAUUACAGUGUAUUUUAAAUGUAGCUGGCUUUAGUUUUCCCAUAGUUGUCAGUUGUCAGUGUAUGUUCUACACUACAGUAUCUAUUCGUUGCUGAUUUUGCUUUUGUUUUUUACCAAAGAAUCCAAUUAAUAGCAGAUCAUUAUAAGUUUCUGGGAACUGCCCACCUACCCCUCCCCUAAACUAACAUUUUGCCCUAAGUGAGAAGUAAGUGUUAAUGUUGGCUUAGGGGAGGGGUAGGUGGGCAGUUUCCCAGAAACAUAUAACAAUCCACUAGCCUACAUGUGUCAGAGUUACUGGUCAGAGGCAGUGAUUUUUUGAUUGCUUCCAGUUAUUUUUUUUAGAAAAAUGGCUCCUCCAACUUCAUCAGCUUAGCCUUCAAAUCAGGCAUUAUUCUUACCUAUUAAAUAAAUACAUUUUUUUUGCAGGCACAUGAGAUCUUAGCCCUGGAGAUUCUGACCUUGCUUCUCCACAAACCCACAGAUGACAGUGUGGAGGUUGCGGUGAGUUCUACGGUGUAUCCAUUGGAAUACUAAGUUUUUGAGCCACAGAUUUGUCAAAUGUACAUGUAUAAUUUUUUUAAAACUAAAACUUACUUUGUAAGCCAAAUGCCAUCAAAUUUACCCUGAUUUUUGUAACCCUCAGUUUUUUCCAUUAGAUUGAAGAGCAGGUUGUUCAUUAGGCAUCGGACAUUGGAGAAUUCUCCUUUUACUGUGAAAAAUUAUUCAGCUGAUGCUUCGGUAUCCUGUGGCUAUUUUUUAUUCAGACGAGGAGCCUCUUUCAAAGAUUCUUGUGUAAUGUUACACCUUUCUCCUGCUACUAGAAUUCUAGAUGAAAACCCUAGUAAUAGUGUUAUUAGGAUUUUAGUUAAACAACAUAGAUUUUAUUAUCUAUUAAAAGGCCAGCAGUCUCUUGGACUACAGAAGGUUGAAAUUUAUCAUUUUAAGCUAAAAAUGUUAUAUUUAAUUUUAUAGAUUGGAUUCUUAAAAGAAGUUGGUAUGAAGCUGACAGAAGUCUCAUCCCGCGGUGUUCAUGGUAUGUUCACUAAAAUAAUAUUACUACAAUGUCAAUAUUAUCAGUGCAUUCUGAGUAAUCAAAUAAAAAAUAGCAUGUUCAAUUACUCUGUCUGCAACAUGAUAAAAUAACUGAUAACUGAUUAAUCAUUGUGGUAUAAUGCAUGAACUCAGAAGAAGAAUGAUAUGUUUUUGACCCUCUAACUUAAUUUUAGGGGAAUCAAACAGGGUUAAAAAAGGCUCUCUCUUAAUUAACAAUCAGUUUCUUAAUUCUCUGAAUCACAUCUGCUUUUGUGUCAUCUGUAGUUACACUGUAGAAUUUGCAGUUAACUUACUCAGCAUUCAUGGUUAGACCAUGAAGGUGUUGCUGUUGAUUUAAUCGUGUGUUAUUGCUUUCUAUAUAGCUGUCUUUGAAAGGCUUCGGAACAUUCUUCACAGCGCAGAAAUUGACAAGCGGGUCCAGUACAUGAUUGAAGUGAUGUUUGCCAUCAGAAAAGAUGGAUUCAAGGUACAUAGUUAUGUCACUUUUCUUUCGAAUUGAAAUGUAUGGGAUGAAUCAAAUUUUGAACAGUGGAUCAAUAAAAGUGAACAUGAUCUUGGCAGUAGAAUGAACAACCUAAGUGGUUGAAAAUUCAGGCCUUCCCCACUCAAGCCUGAAUUUUUUACUUAUCAUUCAUGAUAAAUCAAGAUGUUCAAUUUUGUGUAUUUUAAACAGGACCAUGUUGCUGUUCCAGCCGAACUGGAUCUUGUGGAGGAGGAAGAUCAAAUUACACAUCUACUGCGCCUGGAAGAAGCUGGAAACACAGAAGAUAUUCUAAGUAAGUCAGAUGUAAAAUUUAAUAAUUCUUUUCUGUAACUGACUUUGAACUUUUAGGAUUCUUGCACUGAUUUUAAUGUUUGUAUUAAUUUUGGUGCUAAUAAUUAUCACCUGCUUGUAUGCAGAUAUAUUCAAGUUUGACCCAAAUUUCCUGGAAAAUGAAGAUAAAUACAAGGAAAUAAAAAGAGGC